GCGUUUGUUAAGAAUUGGAAUAUUUUUUAGAAAAAACGAUUACAUAGUGUUAUUUUCCUCUUUUUAAAUGUUCUCUGUGUUGCUGCGACGACUGUAGUAUUAUCAUACGUAUUUUCUGAUGAGCGUGUUGUAGCUUUUUCGGUGCACCAACUUUGGAAGUAGGGUGAAAGCGAAGUAGUAGAAGAAUAGUGGAACAGCUUCCCUUCAAAAGUCCACGAGAGAGUACGUUUGGCAAGGCCCGACCAACGCGGCAGCAUAAUUGACAAAAAUUACCAAUGCCCCAACCGGAUACGGACACCGAGGGCAACAAUAAAAUGACAAUGAACGACGACGGAAACGGAACAGUUGUGAACAGCAGCUCUGGCACUACAGCUAACAACAAUUCAUUGCCGAUAAGUACUGCACCUGCAGCUGCGACAAAUGGAACUAAUGGUGGCGGAGGAACGGGACUUGCUGGCGCUAAUAAUAAUGGAAACAGGCAAAAUAAUUUUGAUACACGACCAACUAGUAACAGUAGCAAUAGCAGCUCGAACUUUGGGUUUAUUAUCCCCAAAUCGAACGAAAUUGAAACUUUACCGCAAUUGAAAGACACAUCCCAAAGCGACCGGGAAGAGUUAUUUAUUCAAAAGCUACGCCAGUGUUGUGUUUUAUUCGAUUUUACCGAGCCGUUGAACGAUUUAAAGUACAAGGAAAUCAAACGGUGUGCUCUACAGGAAAUGGUUGAGUAUCUGAGCAGCCAGCAGCAGAUAAUCACGGAACCGAUCUAUCCGGAAGCGAUACAAAUGUUUGCUAUGAAUCUUUUCCGUACACUGCCGCCUUCAUCCAACCCUAAUGGAGCCGAGUUCGAUCCGGAGGAAGAUGAACCAACCCUGGAAGCAAGCUGGCCGCAUCUGCAGUUUGUUUACGAGCUUUUUCUUAGGUUUCUCGAGUCUCCGGACUUCCAACCUAGCGUCGCCAAACGAUAUAUUGAUCAUGGUUUUAUUCUCAAUCUGUUGGAGUUAUUUGAUUCAGAAGAUCCCCGUGAAAGGGAUUUCCUAAAGACGGUUCUGCAUAGAGUUUACGGAAAAUUUCUUGGCUUGAGAGCAUUCAUUCGAAAGCAAAUCAACAACAUUUUCUAUAAGUUCAUAUACGAAACUGAACAUCACAACGGGAUUGCAGAGCUCUUAGAGAUUCUUGGCAGUAUUAUCAAUGGUUUCGCUCUUCCACUCAAGGAAGAGCACAAGCAGUUCCUGCUCAAAGUAUUACUUCCGCUGCAUAAGGUCAAAAGUUUGUCUGUCUAUCAUCCCCAACUAGCUUACUGUGUAGUUCAAUUUUUGGAGAAAGAUCCUAGUUUGACCCAACCUGUUAUCAAAUGUUUGCUAAAGUUUUGGCCUAAAACGCAUAGCCCCAAGGAAGUGAUGUUCUUGAACGAGCUGGAAGAAAUUCUGGAUGUGAUUGAACCGGCCGAAUUUCAGAAAGUAAUGGAACCACUGUUUCGUCAAAUAGCUAAAUGCGUUUCGAGCCCACAUUUCCAAGUAGCGGAAAGAGCAUUGUAUUACUGGAAUAACGAAUACAUCAUGUCCUUGAUAUCAGAGAACUCGAAAGUCAUUCUACCGAUUAUGUUUCCAGCUCUAAACAGCAACUCCAAAACACACUGGAAUAAAACUAUUCACGGACUGAUCUAUAAUGCUAUCAAAUUGUUCAUGGAAAUGAACCAAAAGCUGUUCGAUGAGUGUCAUAGAAAGUACAAGGCCGAGCAAGAGAACGAGCAGGAGAAGUUGAAUCGACGAGAAGAGCUGUGGCAACAGGUAGAAAGUCUUGCCCGGCAGCAUCCGACUUACGAACAGUUUUCUCUUAUGGAAACCGAUGGGACUGGUUCUGGCGAGCUGGCUCUCGCUGCCGAAGGACCCUCUGCUGUGUCUGCUGCGAACAGUACGGAUGACUCAUUUAUAUCGCGAUCCUACAGCAUAACACCUAUGGCUCAGCAGAAGACAUAAUCCAAAAACGAACCGUUCCGAUUUUCUGGUACGUCUCUUUAAUUUUGCCUGUUUUUAGCAAGUAUGUACCUUUUUUAAACAUAUAAACGAGUGAACGCAGUGGAUAUGCAGUUUGAGAAAGCGAACCGUAAACAUGUUUUAACAUCUAAGAUGAAGCAAAAUAAAGGAAUAAUGAAACUAGGUAACACAAAAUGUAAACAGUUUACUACACAAAACGCAAAACGGAGAGCCGGUUUUGAAAAUUUUAUUAGGACUGCGAAAACAACCGAAAUAUUAUUCUCAUAUAGGUAAUAGACAGAGCUAGGUACGGCAAUUAAAUUGGUUUUUUUUUUUUUUUUUUUUUUUGGUAUAUUUAAAUUUAAAUUGGUAUAUUUGAUAGAUAUGCUUCUGCUGCGGUAACAAGUAGCCACGCUGCAAUCGGUGAAAUUCGUACUAGAAGGCAUUACGACACUCUAUAGGUUACUUUUCGUUUCCGUUAUAAAAUUUACGAGACUCUGUUGUAGAUUUUAGGUUCCUUCAAACGGUUGCACCGAUUAACGGAAGCGACCAUGUUUAUUAUUAUACACCUAUUACCACUACUCUUUCUUCUCUUAAUGACAGAAGACUCUAUCUGUGCUAUUACUGUUUACAUAGAAUGCAACACAAAUACUAUAAAUAAUAUAUACAAAUAAUAAAUGCUACUUUAUACAAUUUUGACGCAUGGGAGCUCUGAAGGACGAUACAAAGCUACAAUCGUACGAGUCAGUUCAAAAUGCUUACUUAAGUGAAAUCUUUCGACAUAGUGAUGAGCAAAAACGUCACAUAAUUCACAUAGGAUGUAUUAACAAAUUGAAGAUGAUUUAAAAGUCAUGUAUUCGCGUUACAAGUAUUUCACCAUCAGAACACCGUGAGACAGGACAUCAAUUCACAAAGGUUAAAAGCAAUCUCAUUUGCUGUGAAUGGAAGUAAAGCAAAGGAAUUCUAAUGUUUCCGUUUGAUAGUGACACUCUUACGUACGAAAUAUGAGUUGAAACUGAGAAGGCAAAGAAGUAAUUGUUAGGAUUUUUCACUAAUAAAAACAAA